UCUGUCAUGCAUUUAUCGACUUAGUUUCAGUUAGAUAUAACUUCAGUUAACAUUGCUGAAUCAUCAGUUGGCCUUUUAUGCUUUUAAUUUAAAAAAGAGGAACUAUGCUCCGUUGCUUUUAUCGACAGGGUUAUGACGUUAAAGCCUUUAUCUCUAAGUUUUUCAACUCAUGGGGGAUAUAACUAUAAUUAAGUGCUUUUAGCCUUGAGAUGUUUUAAAUUAGGUUUGUUUUCUUGCUUGAUUUUUGUUGUUUUGUAAAAUAUUUUCGCACGGCUUUUCUCAGCCUGGUUUCAAACCAGUUGGCCUUUACAAGGGCAUUCAAACUGCGACUGACCACUUGGAAAUCAAGUGAUGUAGUGCCUAUUGAUUUUCUAGCUCCUGGAACUAUGUUUUUGGUCGAUCGACUCAUUUUAUAAACAUAGAGUAAUACUGAUUAAAACAGGCCGGAAAUUGAAGAAGCUGAUAAGAAUGAAGAUGUUUCUGAAGAAGAGGUUUAUCAAAAAAUCUUAAAAGUUAUUUCUAAUAGGCAUUUUAUGAAUUGAGUGCAUGUUAUGUAUUAGAAGUACUGUUAUAAUAUAGAAUUGGUAUGGAAAACUCUGCAUAUUUCGCUAUUUCAAUAGUUAUAUUGAUACCUAUUGGUGCUCUAGCACUGUGGUAUACUGGCGUGAUUUUAAUUGGAACAUUUUCUAUUGUUCUGUUAUUUUUUCUAUUUGUUUUUAUUGUUAUACCGGUCAUUUAUAAAAACUCAUACAAUUUGCAAAAAGCGUUGGUUUUCCUCAAUAUGGUGCAUGUUCCUGUCGACUUUGAACAUCCAGAAAAGUAUAUGAAUGGUGUAAGAAAUUUCUACUUAAAAACAGACGACAAUGUAACCCUCGGAGUUUGGCAUUUAUUACCACAGAAGCUUAUAGACUAUAGUCCUGAAAAAUACGAUACAGCAUUAAGUGGUGGUGAACCUAUAAUUUUAUAUCUGCAUGGAAACUCAGGAAACAGAGGAGCCGGCCAUAGAAUUGAUUUAUAUAAACUUUUGCAGAAUCAAAACUACCACAUUGUUGCUUUCGAUUAUAGAAGUUAUGGAGAUUCAAGUCCAAUCGAGCCAAGUGAAUUAGGCGUCGUUGAGGAUUCGAAAACUGUUUACAAAUGGCUGAAGAAAAAAGCAGCGGGCUUAGCUAAAAUAAUAAUAUGGGGCCAUUCUCUAGGCACAGGUAUUUCAUCACAUCUUGUUGAUAUUUUGGAGUCCGAAGGUGAGAGAGUAACAGGCCUUAUAUUAGAAUCUCCAUUUAACAAUAUGAAAGAGGAAAUUAGAUCAUACCCACUAGCGAAGUUUUUCAUAUACUUACCUUGGUUCGAUUAUUUUUUUACUGAACCAAUGUACAACAACGGUUUGCAGUUUGAAUCAGACAAACACUUAUUAAAGGUUUCGACGCCUAUUUUAAUCUUACAUGCUGAAGAUGAUAUUGUUAUACCCGUCGCUCUUGGGGAAAAGCUUUAUAAAACUUUACAAAAAGAAAGGCCUAAUAAUCUAACAACUUUAGUGAAGUUCAGUCAGUCGGAACGACUUGGGCAUAAAUAUAUAUACAAAUCUUCUCUAUUACCUUCAAAAGUUAAUGCAUUCGUGAAUAGCAGUAUUGCUCUCGAGAGGUUUUAAGGCGAUUUUCCUGCGAAAAUAAUUUUCAAAGAUGCAUUUAUUUUAUGGCAUACUUAUUUUUAUUUGUUCCCCAUUCUUUAGUAUACAAUGCUAUGCGAACAAAGUGAUAUGGUUUUACGAGUUGUUUAUUUCUCGAAUAAUACCAGAGAAACAAAUCUAUAAUAGAACAAAAUGUAUAACUUUUUAUUCGAUCUUUCUACUAAGUUUGUGAUAAAUAUUUUUUAAAAAGAACAAAAAAAGUCAAGUUGGUUGUGUUUUAGGAAUCAACUUUUUCUAUUCUUUUAUUAAAAUUUGUAAUCGUACAUUGUAAACAAAUACUCGGUUCUGAUGUGAAUGUCUUCCUUUUGCUCAGGUCGAUAUGAAAUUUUAUUUCUAGUCUCAUUUUUAAUAGUAUUCAACAUUAAUGGAUGUUUAGUAAAUGUAAAACAUUUAAAAUAAGAUUGUACUACUUUUAUUGUAAAUGAAAAAUAAAAUAAAUAGAUCAAUGAAA